CUGCCCCGCAGGCGGCGGGCUCCGUGCCAGGGCCGGGAGCAGCCUGCGGUGUUGACGCUUUUGUUAUUCCCAUUAACGCAGGCUGACGGGGUCUAGCGAGCGGCGCUGGGGGAGGACGGGGACCGGGCUGGGCUGGGCGGCGGGAGCGCAGAGGAACGAGGACACGGUUACCAAGCGAGCAGGCUGCCUCCCUGAGGUGGGAGGCCGGAGGGCACCGCGCCCGGCCUCACACACCACCCGGCGCAAAGCAUUUAAGCUUUGUACGCGCCACGUGACCCCAGCCUAAGGUUCCCGGAUGUCGGGGCCCUUUUCCCCCAUCCUGGCUGCUCGGUCACCGUAGGCCGGAAACUCCGCCCCUUCGCCUGGUUGCCAGGGAACUUGUGAGCCGGGAGCCCAGCCCGCUGAGCUGUUGUUGUGACGGUGACAGGCCCGGCCGGACCUCCUGGCACCGACCCCCACUGGCUCCGCUUCGCCCCGCACCAUGAAGUGGAUGUUCAAGGAGGAUCAUGCGCUGGAGCACAGAUGUGUAGAGUCUGCAAAAAUCCGAGCCAAAUACCCAGACCGUGUGCCGGUCAUUGUGGAAAAGGUCUCAGGCUCUCAGAUUGUUGACAUUGAUAAGAGGAAGUAUCUGGUUCCGUCUGACAUCACUGUGGCCCAAUUCAUGUGGAUCAUCAGGAAGAGGAUUCAACUGCCAUCUGAGAAAGCAAUAUUCCUCUUUGUAGACAAGACUGUUCCACAGUCCAGCCUAACUAUGGGACAGCUUUAUGAGAAGGAGAAGGAUGAGGAUGGAUUCUUAUAUGUGGCCUACAGUGGAGAAAACACAUUUGGCUUCUGAAUGCUGGUGUCUGGCUGCUGCACCAUCCUGCUAUGUAUCUUGUAAAUAGCCAAUUGUUUUCAGUUAUGACACCCACAGAGGUUUCUCCCAUACACAUCAUGCAUUUGUAACUGGAUUAAUUUCCUAAUAUAUUGAUGUCUUGUUUUAUUAGACUGGUAAAUUAUCAGGGGUUUUUCCUUUAUUGUGCAUUGUCCUCAUAGCUGUAAGUUCCCAGAGCCUCACCCCUCUGGAACACAUAUUUAAUGACAUUGUUUAUAUAUUGAUGCAAAGUAGUUGGGCUACUAAAACAUGAAAAAGAGGAACAUACAUUUAUUCUGGAUUUAGGUUGAGGUGUUAGCUUGACAAGAAUUAAAAUAUUAAUUAUUCUUAGGAACACUGGCUUCACUAGGUUAUUCUAAGCAGUAGCAAGAUGCUUAUCAUAUUGAACUAAGUUAAUGUUCCUCUUUCUGAAUUCCAUUAAGGAAUAACUACAAUAAAAAUUCCUCCCACACACA